AUGUCUUAUAAAGGUUUUCUUGGAAGCAACAGUCGUAUAUCAAAAGAGGAUCAAGAGUUUUAUGAAUUGAAAAAUAAAGCUGCUGAAUUUUAUAGGGAAAGUGGAAUGCAGCACAAGAUUGAAGAUGUCUUGAACAAUAUGUUCUUCGAUCAGCCUGAUGAUAUUUACGGAUACCUGGCAAAUUACUUUUCAAAAUGGUCAACGACACCAGUGAUGAGCAGAGUGAUGGGGAAAUGCAUUUUUAAUGGAAAAGGCCAGUUGUCUGUGCAGGCAGAAAUCUUCUGCAAGAUCAAAAAUGAAGAAAAGAAAACAUGCUCUGCAGAAAUAUCCAGUGUCAGUGAGGUCUUGGAAGACAAUUUCCAGGACCCAAGUAUUGUACCUGGCAACGGCAACAAGAGUAGGGAUGUUAUAGCUGCUGUACACUGGAUCAACGACCCACUGAGCACCAUGCUGAAGGGCUGCAAUCCCUGUGACCAAGAAGGGGUGGAUAAGAUACUCAGUGAUUUCUUCAUGGCUCGCUACUUGGAGGAUAUGGACCUCCGCAACAGGGAGAAAACGGAUCAGUCACCAAGCGAGUUUUCGCCCGAACCCCUCCCUCCCGCCGCCAUAGCCACCUCCAAAGACAAGAAGGGUGGGGACAAAGGUAAGAAAGGCAACAUCAUAGAGAAGCCUAUUCCUCCUCCAGAGCCCUCCGAGCCAGUCUUACCAGGCAGUGUGGCGGUCGGGACAGUGUCCUUGGCUGUGGCUAAGACCGGGGCGCUCUUACAAGGCAUCCCUCUGUACAAGUACAUCAUGAUUCUGAACAGCCAAAAGAGCGUGGAACAACUCCAUGUACCUGUGCCCUUGGUGACUUUGCUAAGCUGUGGAAGGAAUUCCCCAGGAAAGCUCAAUUUACUGGAGGAAGUCAUUUUGAUCCCUAAAUCAGGACAGAGAUUCAAACCAUUCAUUACUAAAGUCCUCGAGCUUCAGAAGGAGAUGACUGGAAUCAUGAAUGCAGCAUCAAAAACAGGGCCUGUGCUAACAUCAGUGUCUGACUUGGGGGCCUUGGUAGUCAGCUAUGAGCGUCCUGAACAGCCCUUGGAUCUAGUCACUGAAGCAUGCAACAACAUUGGAUUGGCACUGGGAAAGGAUAUUCAUUUGGCAAUAAACUGUGCUGCUCACGAGCUAAUGGAUUAUACUAAAGGAAAGUAUGACGUGAUGACAGGAACUCCAAAGAGUCCUGACGAGCUGGUGGACCUGUAUGAGGCUCUGAUUAAUAAAUACCCAGCCAUCGUAGCCCUCAUCAACCCUCUAAGAAAGGAGGAUUUGGAGCAAUGGGAGAAACUGAACACUGUGAUUGGUGCAUCCUGUAUCCUGCUCUGUGACAUCACAUCCAGGCCCCCCAGAAACAGUGUGCAGGACGAAGCCUUGCCUCUCCCAGGGGCCAAAGGUUACAUUCUCAAACAGACCAAUGAGAUGACAGUCAGUGAACUGAUCAGAGUGAGCAGAAGGCACAAGGGUGCGGUCAUCAUUGGGACGACAUAUGGAGAACCCUGCAGUGACGACUCCUUAGCAGAUGUGGCUGUAGGAGUAGGCGCAGACUACGUCAAACUGGGAGGUCUGAGUCGUGGCGAGCGGCUGAAUAAAUACAACCGUCUGCUUUCUAUAGAGGAAGAACUGGCCCAGCAGGGAAUCCUGGGUAUGUCUUUUUCCCUCCCUGGUCCUUUCAGCUGUGGUAGGCAGAAAAAAGAGAAGGUGGAUGUAGACAAAGCCAUGAGGAGGGAGAGGCUGUAAUGG